GCGCGCCGCGCGCUGACUGGCUCUUCAUUUUUUGUUUCCUCGCAGCGGAGGCGCCGAGAAGAGGAGGCACGUGCUCUGAGGGACGUUGUGAAUCCGUUUACACGCCGCCCCCGAGCCGGCCAUCCCGCGCCGGCUGAUAAGGCUGAUUGCGGAAACGGGGAUGCCCUCUAUCUGGACUCGGAGUCCGGCUCUUUAUCGGCACCCUGCUCCAUGCUCUUUGUUUAGCGAUGAUCAGCCGGAGCGGGAGGGGAAGUUGCGCGUACUUUUCAGCCCUCACGGCGCUUCUUCGUCCAUGACAGCAAGGGACACUACGCCACCGCCACCAUGGCUCUGAGAUUGAGCAGCCCUGCACUAGUCUUGGCGAGGGGCCUGCUGCGGGAGACGCCGCGGGCCUGUGUAGAGCCGUUUCGAGUGCUGGGCUCGCGCCGUGAGGCGUCCUCAGCGUCGCUCAAGGAGCGUCUCACCCGCGACCUCGUGCUUCCGGUGCCGAACGGCCAGUUGGCCGGCAAGCAGUGGGGGUCGGACGACGGACAGCCAGUUCUGGCGCUACACGGCUGGCUGGACAACGCGGCCGUGUUCGAACCCCUGGUGCCUUUCCUCAAGGCAGAGUUCAAGCUGGUGGCCCUCGACCUACCCGGUCACGGCAUGUCCUCGCAUCUUCCGGCCCGCGGACACUACACCCUGGACAGCUACGUCGACAGCGUGCUGUCGGCCGUUGACCACCUCAAAUGGGACACCUUCUCUGUCCUGGGACUCGGAAUGGGCGCUGGCAUUGGCUACUAUCUCGCCGCGCUACAGCCGGACAGGGUUCCCCGGCUUGCGUCCAUCGAGGGAUCCUUUCCGGCGACGUGCCCCAGCUUCGAGCCGCACGAGCACGUGGGCGAAGAUGAAGACCAUCGUGAUUUGUACACCAGGCAGGAGGUCAUGGACGUCCUGGCAUCGAGAGGACAUAGCGCCGCAUCGGCGGAGCUGCUCAUGGCCAGGGGCUGCACGCGCGUGUUUGGAGACCGCUACGUGUUCACGACCGACCGCCGAUUGAGGUACGCGCGACCGCAGGAGCUCUACCCUGGCGUGUUCGACAGGACGCUUCCGCGCUACAGAAACAACCUGAUGGUGCUGCAGCGGGACUGCGGGCUCUCGGAUGGCGCAAGACCGCACCUGGACGCCCUGGAGGCGAUUGUGCGCUGCCUCGGUGCCGAACAGUGCUCGCGCUUCAGCUACGUCGUGCUGGAGAGCGGGAAGCACGAGCACGUGACUGAUCAUGACACGGUGGCGCGCAGGGUGAACGACUUCAUGUGCACAUGAACCAACUUUGCACCAAGAGGGUCUGGUGCAUGACGACACAUUUGUUUUCCUGACCAGGGAAGAACUAUAAGUUAUAAUUGGUGGGAUCCUAUCCCGGUAUGCAGGCCAUGGAGGAAGGAAAACUAAGAUUAAUUGUAGUUUGGCAUUAUUCAAGCAUAUUAUAAGUAGUCAUUACGUAACAGGUAAUAAUGGCAAUGGCGUGGCGCUCGGGAGCACUAAUGUACAAAUGGCGGUCGUAUGACGUUAUAGGAAGCCUCACGUGAGUUUCGAAGCGCAGUCACAACAUUAAACAUCCGCAAUGCGCCAACGUGGUAGAAACGCGAGCCAGGUGGGUAUGAAAUGAAGAUGGCUUACAAAGGCGGCGCGCGUGAAGGUGACGCUUUCUCUUCCCUCCUCCUCCGUGGUACGCACACACCCAUGGUCAAUUCAAGGUGCCACUGUCAAUGCACUCAGACGCAUUUUGACUCCUCUCUGUUAUAACUCUAUAGUUAUUUAGUCCAAAGACACUCGGGUCCCGACACAGUAAGUAUGAUACUUAACAAAACUUAAGUAGAACGUAGUUUACAAACGAUGAUGCAAGGAGGGUUUGAAAGGACGUGUGAAGCAUAGAGCAGAGAAUUACACCUAAUAAUUACAGUGACCAUGUAAGAAAAAUAAAGAGCGGUCGCACGUAUCGCAAAUGCAUGUUACUGUGCACAGAAGAAACGUAGAUUUUAGACAAGAGACAGAACUCAAUCGGUCAUAACUAUCUGUACAUACAUAUACAUGUACAUACAUACAAUUGUAGAUUUACUCAUAUCGUCGCGUAGCUGUGCAUGGUAUAAUUUGCGGGUUCUUGCGUUUUAAACGAGCCGCAGCACCGCUGAAGUGUGGGAGGUGACAUGCGUGCUCUCCAAAGUGCCUUAGAGAAAGAACUCGUUUUCAGGGAAAUAAAGGUUGUUUUUUUCUUA